UAUUAAAUAAUUGUGUGUAAAGUGUAGUUUAUUUCAGGCCAGGACUAGGGCCCCCCAAAUUUAUGUAAGCCUUGGGGCCCGUUUGCGCGAUACACUCUGCACACAUGUUAUGUCUCGAUAUUACAAUAAUAUUUUGCAUAUUCGUAACUAUUGGUGAUUGAAUCUGUUUGUCAAUUGUUUAUAGUCAUAGAAGAAUAUCUAUUUGAUUUAUAUGAAGUGUUAAAUCAUUUUCUAAACCUCCACACUAAUUGAGCAUUCAUAUCAGAUUCGACUGAAAUAAAUUACUACAUUUAUUCAGAUUUUGAUUAGUGUUCUCAGUUUUGUUUUGAAACAGAUAAGUCUUUGGUAUUUUUUCAAGACUACAACUUGAGAUCAGAAUAAUAUUCUAAAGAUGAACAGUGUACCAGUUGUGUCCAACCUUACUAGCACAGGAGUUGCAACGAUACGAUACAACGGCACCAGCUAUGCCACUGUGUUUCCGGCAUUACCGUCCUUAAAGACGUUGGACAACAUAAGGACCAAACGUCAGAGUGCAGUGUCUGCAAAACAGAUUAAAGUUAAAACUUCAACUGUAAAUGAAGUAUUUACAAUAACUGCCGAAAAUUGUAAUAUGGAAGAGUGUAAACCAUGCGCGGGAGAAAAAUAUAAAGAUGUACUUAGAAAAAUUGCUAUACAAACUAAUGUGGAAGUAGAGAUUAGCACAUCAAAAAAUAUGGAAUCGACUUUUCUCGUCAGGGGAAAAAGAGUUAACGUUGAUCAAGCGAAACUUAAGAUCAUCGCUUUUUUCCAAACCCAAAACAUUACUCGUACUAUUAAUAUUGCUAAGGAACAUCAUGGUAAAUUAAUGGGUAAAAAAGGAGCGGUCCGAAAAGAUAUCGAAAUACGUACCGGAGCACGAAUACAUAUACCUAGCAUUAAAAAUACGUCCGAGAUUAUUAAUGUUACCGGAACAAGAAAUAGUACGGCAAAAGCAAUAAAAGAAUUGGAGGAAAUUAUAUUGAAGUUAAAAAAUGUAAGUGAAAAAGAAAUUUUAAUUGAUCAACGUCAUCAUGGAGCUAUGAUCGGAGUUAAGGGUAAAAACGUUAUACAACUUCAAGAAACCUUUAACGUUAAAAUUACAUUUCCCAGUCCAGCCCCGACUAAAAACAAUUUAGUCAAAAUACGAGGUUUGAAAGACGAUGUAAAUAAAGCGUUUCAAUCAAUAUCUGAAUUGGCUAAGGCAUUGAAUGAGUCUUUAAAAUUUCUCAAACCUGGUGCUGGAAAUGAAGUUUUGAUUAAUGAUAGCAAAUCAAAUUCCUGUUAAAUGUCGAGUAUUAUUAUAAAAGAUUGAUAUAUUCAUGUUGACAUAUUGUUAUGUAAUAUUUAUUAAAAUAAU